AUGCGUCAAAAUGAUGAACGUAAUUCUAAAGUGAGUGAUAAGAUUCAAAUGUAUACAACACCUAGAACUAUUUUAUCAAUUUAUAGACUUGCUGAAUCAAAAGCAAGAUUAAGAUUUUCAUCUAAAAUUGAAAUUAGUGAUGUUAAUGAAGCAGAAAGAUUAAUUUUAGAAUCAAGAUCUUCACUUUUAGAUGAUAGUGAUAGAAGUCAAAGAAGAUCUGAUCCAAUGUAUGGUGUUUAUGAUAUUAUUAGAAAUAGAUUACAACAAUCUACAAAUGGUAUUAUUGAUAUGGCUGGUUUACAAUCUGAAUUAGUUGGUUUUAGACAAGAAGAUAUUACAAGAUGUUUAAAUCAUUUUGAAGAAUUGAAUAUUUGGAUGACAACUGAUACAACUGUACAAUUAGUUAGAACUAAUUAA